ACGAGGCUUGCAAGGCGCUCCGAAGCUUCUACGAUGCCAUUGGCGCGAAAGACAAAUCGCCGUCCUUCGCGGACACGAGCUCGACCUGCUGCGCCUUUCUCGACGUGAGAUGCACGCAGCCGGAUGGCUCACCCAGCCCGCCCCUCGGCCAAAAAGAAGGGUGGAAAGCGGGCACCACCCUGACCAAGAUCAAAUUCCGAGGCGGCACCGAGCUUGGCGGUAGCGGCACGCUGCCCGGCGCCCUGCUGCUACCGCUCGCCGGCACGCUCGAGUACCUCGACUUGGGCAAGGAGGGGGAUCGCUCCUUCUCGGGCACGCUGCCCGCGGAGCUGACCCAGCUCACCGCGCUCCAAAAGCUGAGUCUCACCACCGAUAAGGUCAGCGGCACCAUUCCGCACCAGCUCGGCCGGCUUCCCGCGCUGGAGAAGGUGACGCUCCUCUCCAAGCGCCUCUCGGGGACGGUCCCGGGCGAGCUGUGCCACAGGUCGGACGGCUCGCUCAGGAAACUGGUUCUCGACGACAACGUGAAGCUCUCGGGCGCGCGCGGCGCCGGCGGGAGGAACGCUGCCGCCCGAGAAAUCUCCGCCAAGAAGACGCGCAUCUCUGGCACGCUGCCGAGCAAGAUCACCGCGCCGCUCAGGCUGCUCAUCCUCGAGGAGGUCGGCCUCUCGGGCAGCGUGCCGGAGGAGCUGUGCAAGGGCGAGAAGCUCGAGGAGCUGGAUCGUGCCCGAGUCGCUAGGCGACAUCAGAGGGCUCAAGAACGGCACGUGCACGCUCCAAAACGCUUACGACUUGGUCUUCAUUUCCAUCGUCUCUAAAACUUGCUGCUAUUCCAACUUCUGGUGCCCCCUCCCGAGCAACGCGCCGUACUGCACGGAGACCUCGAGUGGGGAGACGAUAGUGUGCAGCGUCAUGUCGCCUCCACCGCCGCCGCCUUCAACGCCAUCGUUUGUCUCUGACACGGCUGUCGUCGUCCUCCUCAUCUGUGCGAUCGCCAUCCCGGCCGCGGCCUGGCUGUUGUACACCCUGUGCGAGCGCGUCGCCAUCACCUCGACGGUGGUGGUUCCAAAGAUGACCGAGCUCGACUCCGCGGCGGUGGAGCACGUCCCGGAAGGGGAGGCAAGGCCGACGCACUACAACUGAGAGGGUCGUGCUAGUUCGGCGGGAGGGCGGUGCCCAUUACCAUGCAUCGUGCAGGCUGCCCACCACCCCGACACCGCGGCACCGCGGCCGUGCUCUAUUUCGCACACAUCGGGCGCAUCGCAUAACCCAAACAGCCUCUCCGUUUUGUUUGGGUUAUGAGAGGCUUUUGCACGCC